GUGAAUGUAAUGAAAUCAAUGAAGGAAUCUGAUUCCGUACUUGCAUACAUGUGUUGUGUGUAUGUUUAUGUUUUUGUAUAUUUUACGAGGACACACACCUGAAUGCACGCAAAUGCAUACGAUAUUAUGAUUCAAAGUUUUUUCAAUUCAUUUUGGCGUCGUUUUCUUCAAUCUAUGAUUAUCAAUCAUUAUACGUUUUGUUUAUCAUCAUUCGAUCAUUUUCAACAUUAUGGCAACUAAUUCUCCAAAUACUUCAUUGAAUCGUUCCAUGCAAGAUAAUAAUAAUAAUGUUCAUUCAUCGGGUCAAAAAAAUCGUCAUUCAUCAGCAUCAUCAUUUCAGAUUGUUAAAUGUAAUAAAUGUCAGAUUCAAAUUAGUAAAAAUAAUCUAUCCAAGCAUGAAGAAAUGAAAGAAAGAUCCUGUGCAUAUUUUAUUCAAUCAUUUUAUCAACUUUCGGACCGCACCGCUAGAUUGGAUGAUUCGUUUUUGAAAAAUAGAAUGUUUGAAUAUCCAUUCCUGAUCGGUGAUGAUAUCCUGUACACAUCAUCAAUCGAAAAGCUAAAAGCAGAUAUCAAUGUUAAUGAUGAUGAUAAUGUCAUUCUUCUAUCCACCGAAUUGAUGGAACAUUCACAAUUGAAUGAUGGCGAUCUUGUCAACGUAAUCGAUCUAAAUAAUAAUGUUGAAAGUAGCUUUUUCACUGUACAAUCAUGUCAAUUAUUAAAAAAUUGUCUUUCAAUCGGUUUUCCAAAAGAUUAUCCCCUAACUAAUCAGAAAAAAGGUUUAUCAACCAAGUCGAUUGUUUUGAGAAUCAAUCUGAAAACUAUUGCAAAUACUUUGAAAUCAUUGUAUGUUGGAACACAUCGAGAGUUUACCGAUCCGAUAGUUUAUCUGAAUAUUUGCAGCAAUAUCAAAAAACAAUUGAUGAAAAAAGUUAUCGAUCAAAAUCAAAAUGUUACAUCUAUCAUUAUGAAUGAUAUUGAAUAUCGUUUGAAAAUAUUCGCUAAGAAUGAUGAACCAGAACAAAAGCCCCAGAAUACUUCAUUGGAAAAUGAUUUUCACAAUCUUUCGAUUUCAAAGCGACUUUCUCAAACUCCUGAAGUUCAUUCGGCAUUCCUCAUUUCCGAAGAGACUAAAAUCAUUUUCGCUCCAUUAAAAUUCUAUGAAUUAGAUUCUAAAUUUGUUGCCUAUAAUGAACGAUUUGAAUUAUUACAUUCCCUUUUAUUAAGAUCCAUUGAAAAUGACUGUUCACGACAGGCCAAUAUUUUAAUUACCGGUCCAUCUGGUACUGGUAAAACAUUAGCCAUGCGAACUUUAAUGCAGAAAUUGUAUGGAAAAAUGAAUAUAAUUGUUUUACCAAGUACAGUGUUCUUGUCGAAAUCAUUUGAAUAUGAAAAAGUAAAUCAAAUAUUGAAACACAUGUCAAAUCUAAAACCUGUGCUUCUAUUUAUGGACAAUUUGGAAGAUGUUCUUAAUGAAAAAAAUAAACUUGACAAACGUCUUGUAUCCUGGUUAAAGGUUUUAUUUGAUGAUUUGCCUCGCAAUAAUCAUAUUAUUAUUGUUGGUGCAACGAAUCAGGCCGAUUUAUUGGACAUUUCAUUAAGACAAUCUGGAAGAUUCGAAAUCGAAAUUGAUUUCUCCAUACCAUCACCUUUAGAUCGUAAAGUGAUUUUGAAUGAAAUUCUUACCAAUUAUCAACAUGAAUUAACGACGGUACAAAUUGAACGAAUAGCAGAAACAGCUCAUGGAUAUACGGGUGGUGAUCUCAAAUCAUUGUGUAAAAAUUAUUUCCUUAAACAAAACGAUGAACAAUCACGAAUCAUUCGAUUUGAUCAAUUUUAUAGAUUAAUGUUGCAAACGAAACCGAGUACAAUGCGUGAAAUAACAUUGGAAAUGCCAAAUGUUUGUUGGUCAGACAUUGGUGGUCUAAAUAAAUUGAAACAAUUGCUAGAAGAAUGUGUUGUUUGGCCUAUCAAACAUCCUGAUGCAUUUUUAAGAUUAGGUAUCGAUCCACCGAAAGGCAUUCUGAUGUAUGGACCACCUGGUUGCUGUAAAACAAUGAUUGGUAAAGCCUUGGCCUAUGAAAGUGGUCUUAAUUUUUUCUCCAUUAAAGGACCGGAAUUAUUCAACAAAUGGGUUGGUGAAUCAGAAAGAGCUGUACGGGAAAUAUUUCGCAAAGCUAGAGCAGCUUCUCCCUCUAUAUUGUUUUUUGAUGAAAUUGAUGCCUUAGCUACUGAACGUGGUCAAACACAAUCUGCUGUCGGUGAUAGAGUUCUUGCGCAAUUGUUGACCGAGAUUGAUGGAAUUGAAAAACUUGGCCAGGUAAUUAUAAUAGCAGCUACGAAUCGUCCUGAUAUUGUUGACAAAGCAUUAUUACGACCAGGUCGACUUGAUUCUAUUGUUUAUGUAGCAUUACCAGAUAUGGAAACACGAAAAGAAAUAUUCAAAAUAAGAUUAUCAAAAAUGCCUUUAAAUGAAACAAUCGGAUUUCAUAAUCUUAUCGAAACAUUGUCCAUAAAAUCGGAUGGCUAUUCUGGCGCCGAAAUACAAGCCGUUUGUCAACGUGCCGCAUUGUUAGCAUUAGCCAAUGAUAAAAAUGCUCAAACAAUCCAAGUUGACCAUUUUCUACAUUCAUUCAACAUGAUACGACCACAAACGUCGAUGGAGACAAUUGAAUUUUAUGAAAAAUUUGCUGCCAAAUUUAAUGUUAUGUAAUAAAAUAAAUUCAUACAAAUAAUGUAUAUGAAUAAUAAACA